AUGAGCUCAAACAAGUUUCUGGAGUGUCUGAGGAAAGUGGAAGUGAGUGCGAAAUCGCAAGAACUCGAGAAGAUUGCCAUGUGUUUGACUCAAGCGAAAAUGAAAGAAAUGAGACUGAAAAAGUUGGGAUGGAAGAGGAAAAAGUGAGUUUUCAUUGCACUUUCACAUUUUCAGUGAAGGUUCAGAGACGAAGUGAACUCCCCGAAGCAAAAAAGAACGAAGCGAAGUUAUCGUCUGCAAGAGAAACAGGUUUAUGUGAGCUUGCUGUUCAUUCCUACUGUUUUUGAAAUUCAUAGUUGCAGAUAAAGUACCAGACUUCGUACAAACUGAAAGAUCCUUCGUCCAGUCCGAUAUCCAAGUUCUCCAAUCUUCUUCUGACUCUUCUAAAGAACACAACGUCAUCGGAAGCAGAGGAGAAAUGGGCAUCGACGUUCAGACGGCUGAAGAGGUGACGGGAAAAGAAAGGGCUAUAAAUCAGAAUUCGAAUCGGGAUGACUGUUAAAGAUUAUGUUUAGAAGAAAGUGAAAGAAGAUAGAAUUUGCACUGAAUCUCACUUUGCCUACAUGAAUAGUCUGUUCUGAUGAUACGUCUCGGAUCAUUCAUGAAUUUUCGUUGUACUUUGAACUUUCCUGCACGAAUACGCAAAGUACAAAGACCUGUUCCCUUGAUGACGCACAUUCGAUCAAAGUUGAAUUGUUGGUUACACAAUUGGUUACACAAUUGGCAGAGAAACCCAAUGGCCCAUGUCAUCCGAAAAGAAACAGUCAGUUCCCAUAGACGGUUCGAAGCGUUCUUUCGGUUCUCGAGGGCACGGGGGACCUGGGACAUUUUGGAUAGACUGUUUUCAGGCUGAAUAAGAAUCUGGAAAAAAGCCGAUCGUCUACGUAUCGAACUAUAAGCAGAGAGCGUACGACUUGGUGAUUGACGACGACGACGACGAUGAUGAGCAGAGUAUGAAGGUGUGAAUUGACGCUAUCCGAUGGUUGACCAACAAUUGAACUAUUCAGAUUCCCAUUCCGAUGAGCCAUCCGCUGAUCCGAGACGGUCUCGCACUCCUCUCCACCGUUACUGGAAAUCGGAAAACUGGCAUUUCCGCGAGAAUUCUGAGCCCUAGAAUAGCUCCAUUAACAUCCAGCAACUCGAAAGGAAUCCUGUCCCCGUCAAUAUUCCCAUUUUACAAGGACGACGCAGAAGAACAGCUCUUUCCCAUUCCUGAGGUAUCCGCCCCUUUUCAAUCAGCGCCCUCAACUACCACUUCCAGUUGAUCGAAAAGUCAGGCUUUGAAAGAUCCGAAAAGGAUAAAUUGUUGGCUUUUCUUAUGGAAAUCUCAAGAACCCGACCCAUUUUGGACGAAGCCAUGAAAGUGUUCAGUUUGCGAGUACAACUCAAUCGCAACGUAUUUUUGCAGGUGAUCAAACUUCUCAAUCCUGAGAAACCGUCAGUUUCACCAUCGGAGAAGAGCCACGAAGAGUUUUCCGCUGCGUUGUCUGCCACUGAUAAUAUGAGCAAAGAUUUUGAAGGACUGGAAAAGUCGUUGAAUUCCGAACAGAAGAAAGAUUUGAAAACGAGCGGAUUCUCGUUUUUGGAGAUGCCACAGAUGGAGAAUCUCUUCGGAAAGUACAGUAGGUGUUGACAGUUGAGCUAACAGAGAAUGAUCACACUUUCAGACGCCGAUUCAAUUCUGACGCAGUCAGAAAUGCAGAGUUACGGCAACUACACCAAGGAUGAACGCCUUCUUUCUCUUUGGAAAUCAAUCGAGAACAUUGCGUAUCCGUUUGCCCACCGGAGAGUCAAAAGAGGUCCAAUCAUCAGAAUUGGGGGCUUCACAGUCUACUCGGCCCUAAAUCCAACCAUCCUGAGCCCGUACAUGUUCUCCCCGGUGUACGGUCUUUCCGUGCUCGGUCCAGUCAUAUUCUCCCCCAACAUAUUCUCUCCACUGAUCCUCAACCCUUCCGUGCUUUCUCCCUGGAUCUUCUCCCCCGCUUUCCCGCUUCCUUUCAUUCUCUCUCCGUACGUUCUCUCCCCGUACAUAUUCUCCCCGCUAGUGAUGGCUCCGUUUAUUCUGAAUCCGUACGUUCUGUCGCCCAACGUCUUCAACCCUUAUGUCCUUUCCCCUCUGGUCCUUUCUCCAUUGUUUCUGUGUCCCGACGUGUUCUCUCCGAUGGUUCUGGGAGGAGUCAUUUUGUCCCCCAACAGCUUCUCUCCAGCUAUUUUCUCCAAGUCCUAUGUUAUGGCUGCAGUACUUUCACCAACUGUUCUUUCAUAACAAUGAAAUGAAACGUCAGUCUGUUCCUGUACUCAAAUAGACCCCCAAUACUCCGUAGGCAACCCUCCGUCUGUGCAUAGAAGCGAUUAAAAUGUUUAACCGACUCCCUUUUCCGUUUCCGUCGACGGAAAUUCCCUCCUCUAACAGCAGUCAUCACCAUUCGUUUUGCAAUAAAUUUGUUUAUAUUUAUACACUCGCUCGCUCUUUUCCGCUGACCCGUCCGUUCGCCUUUCAAACGCCUGUUUCCCACCGAUUUCUGCUUCGGAUCAAUUAAAAUUGUGCAGUGAAGAGGAAAGAAGGAACGGAACGAACGGGCGGAAAAAGGGAAAUGCGACAGAUGUUCAACUUUUUGAGCCGAGAGAGUGAGAGCAAGCUCAUCAAUCCCUUCUCUUGCUCUCCGCAGUGAUCAUCCAUGUGUUUCGCGACACUAUUUUCUUUCGCUUCCUCUCUUUUUUCUCAUUUUUCAUCGGACACGAGGGGCACGGGCACGCGUUGGGUGGCUUGUUUUAUGAGUUUGUAACUUUUUUUGUAAGUGAAAUUUGACAGAAUAACUGAUCAAGAAUGUUUGUAGAUCCUCUCUGAACUUUUUUAAAAGUUAAAACUCAUUCGCUCUUAUUGCUUAAUAGGUCAGAAACCCUUAGUAUUUAUGUAUUCAUAUGAAGAAAAGAGGAAAGCUGCCAUCUGCAGGAAGAUUAUCCUAACUUGACGUUGUUUAUUCAGAGUGACAGAUAGAUCUCGGAGACGCACGAUUUAUAUAGAAUGAGAAGCUAAGUGAGGAUAAUUGGCGACGCCAUUUCUCUUUCUCUCUUUUGUUACUCUCCUUCUCUCCCCCCUCUUCACACCUUUCGAAUGCCACCCGUACGGUCCCAGUGGUUAUUGUUUUGUUUUCGUUCGACUCGUCCAUCCGUCGGCGUCUCUUCCACCGCUCCCGCUCUUUUGUCGCUCUCUUUUCGCAACGUCUCCUUUUCCAUUCUCUUCUUUCAAUUCCACUUUCUCUUCUCCCUCCUCUCGCCCUUUCUCUCUCUUUCGGUCCGUCAACAAAUAGUGAGGAUUCUCUCCCUCUCUCGCUCUUUCUUCCUCAUUUCUCUCUUGAAAAACGAACCUGUCAAUAUGUUGCAAUGACACCUCGUUCAGAGUGGCUCAGGAACAUGUGUUGACUUGCAAAGUGGGUGCUCGUCGAGCAUAAUUACACUUCUCCCAUUCAAACGUCGCCGCGAUCGGAUUACUUUCUCUCCCGCUACCACUUCACAACUCGCUCUUCUUUUUCUUUUUCGCGCCCAGAUUUUGAAUUGGCUCUCGAGAGUAAACACGAAUUGUUUUUCAAUGAGAAGGUUUCCAUUGAAAUCUAUCCCCCAUCCGUCUUUAUUCUUCCAAUAUGGGAAUGUGCAGCUGGCCGAGUAUCUUCUGCCACCAGCCUAAUCCCAUAUUCAUUAGCACAUCUCGCCAUGGUUGCUUUCCUUUCCAACCCUCUUCUUCAUCUUCUUCUUCUUCUUCCUUUCAUUUUAAAAACGCCGACUUCUUUUCCCCUCUCAUCUUCUUCCUGAGCAGCAAAAACAACAUGUCAAUUUAGUUUUGCAAACCAACUUUUUGCAGUGAUGUCUGUGACCUCUCUAUCUCUCGUCUUCAUGCAAAACUAUAGACGUUUUGAAGAGAGACGAAUGGCUUGGAAACGUUAAAAAGAAGGGGGAAAUAAGCGGUUUUGUUAUGACGUGGCAAUGUGAAACUUCUCUCUCUCUCUCUCUUUCUCUCUCUAUCGCUUCUUAACCAAAAAUCAGCCAAAAACGAUGAUUACAGGUACAGAAUGGACGCCACCGACCGGCUGAUGCCGGGUCCCGAGGGCAAGACACCAAGGUUAGUGCGGUCGGACAAAAUAAAAAACUAGGUCUGAGUGUCCUUUGAACAAAUUCCACUCGAUGAUAACGGCUACAAAAUCUUCCAAUUUCACGACAGUCCGCCCCUUCCUCCGUCCUCCCCCGCUACCAGUCCAUUCCAUUACAUUUCAUCUUGUUCUCGUCUCGGCCUGAUAAAAAAGACCAUUCUGCAGAUUCUACGAGGUCGAUCGGGGCAACAAGACCGAGAGUUACAUCAGUGCGGUGUCUGGUAAUCCGGUGGUUCCCGAGCAUUUGAUGAUGAAGGAGCGACAGCCGGAAGUCGAGGCUCCGAAGUCCUGGGUGCGCCCGACUGCCGUGGCGAAGCCCAAGGAUCCGAACCAGAUAGGAUUGAACGAAGAAGAGUUGGAGCAGUUCAGAAAUGACCCCUGCUGGAAGUUCAUCAGGUAUCGUGAGCCGUCGUAUUCAUCUCUUCUCAAAGGUCACUUUCCCAUUGUACAACUCACUCUUUGCAUUCCCGUGGGCCUGUAAGCAUUCCCGCAAACAAUGGGCGCCAUGCUGUUGCGUAUUUAUCAUUCCCCGGCCCUCAUUCUCUUGGCACCCGGCUAACAUCUUCGUAUUUAGGACCGCUCUGUUCGUUCUCUUCUGGCUCGUCUGGCUCGCUCUCUUCGCCGUCGCCAUCCUUCUCGUCUGCCUUUCCCCUGCGUGCAUCAUCCGGGAGAAGCCGAACUGGUGGCAGACGGCAGUCGCCUAUCAUGUCUGGGUGCCAUCGUUCCAGGAUUCAGACGGAGAUGGAGUCGGCGACGUCCCUGGACUCAUCAAUCGAUUGGAUCAGCUGAGAAAGGCCGGAGUGCAGACUGUGUGGCCUUCUCCGUUCCUUAUUUCCGACGACGAUCAGACGGCGGUGAGAAGCUUUAGCCAGAUGGAUCCGAAGCUUGGAGCGAACCAGAAGGCAGAUGAACUAAUCGAGAAGAUUCAUGAGAAAGGUUAGCCGACGGCCUUGAAUGACAUCAUUCCUUAUCAUUCAUUUCAGAAAUGAAGAUAGUGAUCAGUCUUCCGAUCGCAACGACUUCUCUAGAACACGAGUGGUUCUUGAACUCCGCGACGGCCAGCAAAACUCCGAAUGCCAACUACUCGCAGUUCUACACGUGGGUCAGUAAGGCGGCCGACUCCAAUUAUUUCACCGAGCACAAGAAUCUAUUCUAUCUGCACGAGAAAGGUAUCCGAUUACACUCGGCCGGAUGAUCUUCUAAUGCGCAUCCGACUUCAGGAAAUCCAAAAUCUGCUGUGCUCAACUGGCAGAAUUCCAACUUGAGGGAGCACAUGUUCAAUGCUCUUUCUAAUUGGAUUGACAGGGGAAUCGACGGAUUCGAGUUGCUGGGCAUUGAGUAUUUGGCGAGAACUCCGAACGGAACAGAGCCAGAGUGGAAUGCGAUUUAUGACGUCAUCAGAGACAUCCGGUUCCACGUGGAUUCGUACUCAAACGAAAGUACAAUUGCAAAAGGGAAGAAGAUGUAGGUCAUGUGUCACAUGGAAUCUCAUCAGAAGGUCAUUUUCAGUGCACUGUUUUCGACCAGAGAAGAGGCAAAGGAGAAGGACAAAAAGAGAAUGGCGAAGAGUGGAAUGGACACGGUCAUAAACUACGAAUUGGGAGAAGUCGAGAAAGAUUCCAGUAGGCAUAGGGGGUUCGAAAUCAAGACAAAGCCAUUGUUUCAGAGAUUUGCCACAAGAACGAAGGAUCCGUGGCCACGUGCGUUCACGAGAUUCUCUCGGAUGUUCUGCUCUUCCACUCUUUGAAUGAACAAGUUUGGCCGCAUUGGAGAGUGAGUUACAGGGCUCAAAAUUAUCUUUGAAACAAACGUAUUUUCUCUUCCAGUUCGGCUCCCCCGAUCUCUCCCGUGUGGCCUCUCGCGUCGGCUCGCGUCCACAUGCUCAGCUGCUCAUGAUGCUCCAAAUGGUGCUGCCAGGAACGAACAACAUCUAUUACGGAGAGGAAAUCGGAAUGAGAAAUCUUCCGAACGACACGAAGAUCUCUCCGCAGCGCGGAGCAAUGCAAUGGGAUGAGACUCUGAACGGCGGCUUCUCGUCUGCCAUCGAACCGCCAGUUCCAUCGAACAUUGACGUGGCGAACAUCAACUGGAAGAGACAGUACUCAGAGCCGCAGUCCACUCUGAAGAUCUUCAUGAAACUGGCCAAGCUGAGACAAAGGGAGGAUGCACUGAAAACCGGAACUACUUUGAUCGGACGGCUCGUGGAUGGAGCAUUCACAGUCACACGAUUCAAUCAUUUCGAGAACAGAACUACUGGAAAUGUAGGUUGAUCAUACUGCUGUGAAAAACAAAAAAUGGUGUGAAGUGAGGUGGAAAGAACUGGCGGAAAUCAUGACAAUAUGCAUCUUUUGGCGCUCUCAUAUCAUGCAAGUUUAUCCUAAACUUAAAGGUUUUCUUGAAAAGUCAGGUUGUUUUGGAAGUGACCAUGCAAACAAGUUUCAGUUUCGGGAAAAGUGAACGAGUGCUUGCUCCACCAACAAUCUUCUUUUCAGAUCUACGUGGCCGCUCUCAACUUUGCCGAGCAUCCUGUGAAACUGCCGCUGACCGAUCUUCCGAACAACGAGAAGCUUCUAAAGUCCACGGUACUACUCACCGUACAUCUGUCAAUUCACACUAAUCUCUUCCUUUUCAGAUAGUGACGGCAACGUCGAACAGCGAAGUGUACUACGCCCGUCAGACAGUCGAUUUCGGCUCGAAAGAGAUCGAAUUGGAGCCCAACCAGGGCGUCGUUUUCCGUUAUUCGGCGUGA